CUUUCCCCUUUGUUUUGUUUCCCAUCGGCUAUUGCUAUAGCAGCGUAACAAGACAUGAAGAGUUACAGAGAUUGAAGAAAUCCUUAAAUGGCGAAUCCUGCAAGAACCCGCAAAAGGGUCCAUGCCAUCCUUCGUGCUCCUGAUGGAAGCGCCUUCGAGAAGUGCAUUAACUGUGGCGUUUCGGUGCCGAUUGCUUUGGCUGAUAUGCACGAAUGCGAAGCUGAAAGCAAACAGAUUGUCAAGCGAUUCAAAGGCCUCAAUAAAAAGCAAAAAGUCGUAAAAGAAAGCUAUAGUGAUCAACCCAGAUCGCCUUUUCGAAUCUUCAUGGAGGAUUUUAUGAAGAGUUGCAAUAAUGGGAAACUGAUUAACAUUGAUAGAAAAGGGUUUGAGACUUGGAAGAAGAUGUCAAAAGAGGAGAGGCAACCAUAUAUAAUUAAAGCUAAAGAGGUGAAUUCAGCUUAUGUUGAAACAUUGCUUCAAGAGAUUGAUGAUCCAUUAGAGGUGGAUGAAGAGGCAGAUUCAGCAACAGUUGAAAAGUUUGAUCUGUUCAGCGGAGACUACUUUUACAAAUACAAUGACAACUCUGAUAGUUUUGAAAGUUGCAGAGGAUUUGAGAGCUUAAACACCUGGCAAUGGGAAAUGGUGAAACCAUGGAUGGAAUUUACAGAUACUUCUCAUUGAUGUUGAAGGUUAAACUUAAAGGGGCAAGUCGUUUGGCUAUUGUAAAGUAACACUAGGAGUUUAGAUUUUUAACCAAAAGUAGAGGCUAUAUUUUCCUUUCUAGAGUUGGUGAAGGGUUUUUAAAUUUUGGGGUUUGCUCUAGAAAUGUUAUUUUGGGUAGAGAAAUUGAUACUUGAAAGGAAGCUUUUUCUUUUGGCUGUCCAUAAUUUUUGCUUCCAAUUUGUAAACUUGCAUGCAUUGGCAGUGUUCUCUAUCUCGGUCGGCAGCAUUUUCUGCCAAUGAAUCAGAAAAGAUCCUUCGCUUUCUUUCCUU